CUUUGGAAGAUGCAGACUGAAUAUCUCUGCGGGGAGUAAAUACACAUGAAUCUAAAAUUUCUUCAGGUCAAUAUUCUUACAACAAUAUUAUUUUUCGUUCGCUCCAUGUUCGCUUCGAUUCAGCUGAUUUUAGAGUAGAGGUUUUAUUUCCGAGCAGCUUUUGAACGCACCUGUAGAGUUUGAUGAGCUCGUGUCGCUGAGCCGACAAGGCUCGCUAACUACAACAAUGAGUGGGAGCAAAGCUUGCCUGGCUAGUUUAAAUCGAAGUUUACUUCAGUGAAACUGCCUGUAAUUUUCACUACAUGUGCUCAUUGGAGUUUCCAAAGCACUGUAUUAAAUGGAGCUAGAGGACCAAUGGUGGAAAGGACAACUCGCUGCAGAUAUAUACCAGGCGCUGAGAUACAAAGAGCUCAAGUUGCCUUCUUACAAAGGUCAGUCCCCUCAGCUCAACUUGAGACGAUACUUUGCAGACCUCAUAGCCAUCAUCAGCAACCGCUUCAGGCUUUGUCCUGCAGCCAGACACCUGGCCGUCUACCUUCUGGACCUUUUCAUGGACCGUUAUGAUGUCACAAUGCAGCAGCUUUACAUGGUUUCACUCUCCUGUCUUCUUUUGGCGAGUAAAUUUGAGGAAAGGGAGGAUCAGGUGCCAAAACUGGAAACCCUGAACAGCCUGACCUGCAUGAGCUCCAUGAACCUGGUGCUGACCAAGCAGGGUUUACUGCAUAUGGAGCUGCUACUUCUGGAAACCUUCCAGUGGAACCUGUACCUCCCGACAGCUGCUCAUUUCAUAGAAUACUACCUGUCUGUUGCUGUUCAUGAAGGAGAUCUGCAUGAUGGCUGGCCUAUGACCAGCCUGGAGAAGACUAAACUGUACAUGGCAAAGUAUGCUGAUUACUUUCUGGAAGUUUCCUUGCAAGAUCAUGUGUUUUUGUGCUUUGCACCCUCAAUGGUGGCUGCUGCCUGCGUGGCCGCUUCGCGCCUCAUCCUCCACUUGUCCCCUACCUGGCCACCUCGACUACAGUGCCUCACUGGCUACACAUGGGAAAACCUAGUCUCCUGUGCAGAGAGACUACUCAUUGCACAUGACGGUGAUGUCAAAGAGGCCAACAAGCAAAAGUGUCAGCAGCCCAGCCAGCAGCAGCAGGGCCAGACAGUGUACCACAGUUCCGGUCAGCCAGCCACUGUGGCACAGUACCUGCACCUGCCCAGCAUGCAGUACCCUCAUCAGGGUCAGCAGUCUGGCUUAGCCCCCCACUACAGGCCAUCUUCCCACCUCAGCCACUCCACCACCAGCCUGCAGGCUCCCAACGUUCCCCAGCAUAGCAGCACCCAAGCCAUCCCCACCUCACUGGAUCCAAAGUCCAACCUUCCCUACAGGCCUUACCAAGUCAACAUGCACUUCUCCUGUGCUGCUCCGUGCUUUGACAGAUGAGGGUCUUGCAAGGUUUAGUCAUUUUUGGUGGAAGAGGAGAUAAGAUAUGUUUCUUUUUGAUGCUACAGAAUUACACUGAAGAAAAAACAAAACAAAAAAAAUGUUUUUAAUUUAAAGAGACUCAAAGAGAUCAGUGCAGCACUUUAAACCGUGAGGUGUGCACGUUGUGCAAUAUGCCUACUCUGCUGUAGGUUUCUGUGCAGAUCCUGCAUGAAGACUUUUUCUUUCUAAGAUGUUUGAGAUAUUGAGUAUGAAUGUAGCUGUGAAGUGCUUAGAGGCACCGUUUGCACCUGUCUCCACUAGUGUUACUGCAUAAUUUAGCUUCAGACCAAAAGUAUUGCAUUUAUUUAAGCUAAAGUUUAUCUGAAGUAUUUAAUGCACAGAUACGUUGUGCUAAGAGUCAUUGUGACUAUUGCUAUGCUAAGUUAAAGAGGUAGUAACGAAAAGGGAUUUAUGUCCAUUUGUGGUUGGGGAAAAAAAGCUUGUAUGUCUUUUUGUUUUUUCUUUCAAAACCAUUUUUUAAGUUAUUUUGGCAAAUGUCAUUUGAAAAAAAAAAGUGUGUAUCCUUCUAGUUGUUGCUAUGCACAAUAUCAGCAGAGAAUAUGACUGCUGCUUUAAACACAGGAUUUCUGUCAGUGCUGUCCACAUCAAUGGUUAUUUUAAUAAAAUAUAAACCUGUGUUAA